CCGCGGGGUCGUGAAGGGCGGUGUGGCGGCCUCCGGGUUACUGGCUAUGGAGCUUGGCAUAGCGGGGCCGUAGCGCGGUGCCUGAGCUCCGCCAUGGAUAGCCGGUGCUAUGGGUGUGCGUCCAAGUUCUCUGUCUUCAAGAAAGAGUGUGGAUGCAAGAACUGCGGACGAUCGUUCUGCUCAAGCUGCCUUAGCUUCAGUGCUGUUGUUCCCCGCUGUGGAAGCGCUCAGAAGAAGGUGUGCAAGCAGUGUCAUGAAAAACUAACUGGAGAGGGAUCUCAAAGCAGUUCAGCAAAAUGGUCACCACCAGAAAACUACAAAAAGCGUGUGGCAGCUUUUGAGGCUAAGCAAAACCAACUGAAAGAACAACAGAAGGCAGCUGGUGUAAAAACCCCGGGUCGAGCAGGCUCCAGAUACCAGGGGCUCUCCAAAGAGGAUAGAGCUAUUGCAGAGAGACUGGAGAAGCUCAGGGAGGAAAGGAGACCAAAGUCCAUCCCUACUCAGGCUGAGAUCGAAGCUAGGCUGGCUGCCCUGAAGGAGGACUGCCGGCGACCUGUGCCAUCCACACAGGAAAUGGAGGAUCGGUUGGCUGUCCUGCAGGGGAGAGAUCCUCCUUCCCAGGCUCCCAGACCUGUAUAUCAACCUCCUGAUACCAGAAGUCUGGUCCAGCAGACAGAUGACCUGUUAACUCAGCUGUCUGAGGAAGUUGCCAUUGAUGAGCAUUACAGACCAAGAGUCCAGCCUCAAGCUGUUAGUAGCCAAAGUUUGAAUGAUCUCAAUCGGGAAAGUGGAGACUCUGUUUGCCCUGCAAAUCUGGACCCAAAACAGCUAGAGGAAGAGAAGAAUAAACUUCUGGCAGAAGCUGCUGCUGAGCUGAAGGAAGAGAACACCAGGCAGGAAAAAAUCCUACAAGUUGCCAAGAGACUGGCAGCACUCAAAGGCGAGGACCCAGAGAAAGUUACACUGGAAACCUAUAAAUUCCCUGACAGUGAUGAGGAAGUGGGUGAGGAGGAAGCCAUUCACAGAGUGCUGAAACAGCUCACAGAGGAAGCAGCCCUGGAUGAAGCAAGUGGAUUCAACAUUCCUCCAGAUCAGACCACCCAGCCAGGACCCUUGCAACAGAACCUGCACAAGAAAGCAAAGCAAAAGAGCCAGACUCCAACCACCACAGCUUUUGCCAGGGCAGAUGACAGUGAUGAGGAUGAGUUACCCUGGUGCUGCAUCUGCAAUGAAGAUGCCACUUUGCGCUGCCAUGGCUGCGAUGGGGACCUCUACUGCCAGCGCUGUUUUCGAGUCGUGUGAAGCAGACUGUCACAUCAACGGUUGUCAUAGGAGUUGGUAACGUGCCCAGGAACCACAGACAUUGUGCUGACAAUGAGCCACCAGUUACAGAAUCAAAGAGGGAAAGAAACAAGAGGGACCUGUUGUCAUUUCCCAUUCGAGCAGGCAAGGAUGAGCAGACCUUUUUCACACAGUACCUCAGAUGUUUUUGUUGCAAGCAAAUAUCUUAAGCAGUCAGUCCAUGGGCUGCCAGUCAGGUACUCACAGCUUACCCUUGGGAUUGGCUUGUAGGUAAGAGCUGCAGGGAGACAUCUUGCUAAGGCUGAGUUCCCUGUCUGAGUAUGUUCUGACUACACUUUGUGCUUGCUUCUCAGGGAAGGCCAUGAGGAGUUUGACCUGAAGGACCACCACACUUCCCGCUAUCAUCUUCCUUGCAAGUAGAAGUGAUCACACUCUUCAUGGACAGAAAAGGAGACGGAGAACCGGAAGAGAGAAGAGUUGGCCAGAUGAGAAGAGUCCAAGUGGAUUUACAGCCAAGACGGGUGAUGUUUUGGACAGCUAAAGUAUGUGUUGUAAUCCAAGAGAGGCUCAGAGGGUACAUGACUUUAUCCUCACAAAUACAACCAGAGAAGCGCAGGGUUUUCUGUGCAUGCUUGAGGGAAAAUGAGGACUUGAUAUGAGGAGGUGGAUGUGAGUUUCUAAGUACAGAUAGUAAGGAAAUGCAUGUAGCAGUAAAGAUGUGUGCUUAAGGCAGUACUGACUGGCUGUUAAGUAACUUCCUGCUUUUGCUAAGAGUUUACACAUGGGUUCAACAGGCAGCAAAGCACUUUGCACUAAGAAAACUGUCUAUGUCAUGAUCAUGUGUGUGAUGAGAACUCCCAAAGAAUAAUAAAAAUUAUUUACAGAG